AUGGAGAAACAGAACCUCACAGUCAUGAAUGAAUUCAUCCUGCUGGGCAUCACUCACCGCUCUGAGCUUCAGGCUCCAUUGUUUGGAAUGUUCCUCAUCAUCUAUCUGAUCUCACUGAUGGGCAACUUGGGCAUGAUCAUCCUCACCAUGGUGGAUUCCCGGCUGCAAACUCCCAUGUACUUCUUUCUCAAAAACUUGGCUAUCACAGAUCUUGGUUAUUCUACAGCUGUGGGACCUAAAAUGUUAGAAAAUUUUGUUGUGAACCAAAAUACAAUAUCCUAUUAUCUUUGUGCUACACAGCUUGCUUGCUUUCUUCUGUUCAUUACUUGUGAACUUUUCAUUCUUUCUGUCAUGUCCUAUGACCGCUAUGUGGCCAUUUGUAAUCCAUUACUCUAUACUGCCAUCAUGUCACAGAGGGUUUGUUGGAUACUAGUGAUAAUCCCAUAUCUGUAUGGUUUAUUUCUGUCACUUCUAAUAACUUUAAAAAUGUUCACUUUAUCAUUCUGUGACUACAAUGUAAUCAAUCAUUUUUUCUGUGACUGUAUCGCUUUGAUACCUUUACUCUGUUCAAACACUCAUGACAUUGAGCUGAUAAUUCUAAUCUUUGCUGUUUUUGAUUUGAUUUCUUCUCUUCUGGUUGUUCUUGUGUCUUACCUGCUAAUCCUCAUAGCCAUUCUCAGAAUGAACUCUGCUGAGGGCAGACACAAGGCUAUUGCAACAUGUGGAUCACACCUGACAGUGGUCAUUAUCUUCUAUGGUACUUUGAUAUCUAUGUAUUUGCAGCCUAAUUAUAGUCACUCCUUUGACACUGACAAGUUGGCAUCCAUCUUUUAUACCCUGAUCAUCCCCAUGUUGAAUCCCUUGAUCUACAGCUUGAGGAACAAAGAUGUAAAAGAUGCUGGACAGAGGAUAUGGAAGAAGAUAUGCAAGGUUUGA